AUGAUGUACAAAAAACCUCGUAAACCUGGACAUAUUCAGUCCCUCAUCAAAAGGUGCAAACACUUCAUCAGUCGGAGCUUCUUGAAUAUUCGAAGAGGGACGGCGACAACUUCUCUGUUUGUCAAGGCAGCAGUCAACCACAACAAGGAGCGUCGACGAAGGGCAAAGCAAAAAUACCGUCCUCGCUCUAGUAUUUAUUCGGUUCCUUCAUUGACUUCUAGCGUUUUGUUCGGUCGCACUCGUAACACACGCGGAGUUCAAAUUUCUUCUUCUUACGUAUCUGAACCAGAUUCGGAUUCUAUUUUCUCACCACGAGGAGGUUAUAGCUUGGUGGAUCUAAACGAUUUGGAUAUUCCUGUGGUUGAAGCAACAAACAAACAACAAAAACAUCCAAAAUCCAAUUACUUCAAUGGAAAAUUCUGUACAUCUUCGGCAGUGUAUGGUGUCGAAGUUCCGAAUACAAAUUCUUCAUCUCGAAGUUCUACUCUGAAUAGCUACAGCGGUUAUUUUGAGAAAAAUGGAGUCCAAUUAGACGAAGAAACGAUGUCCUAUACUUCCAACGUUAGAGGCUCCUAUGAUGAUCUGGAAAUUGAUGCUGUAAUGGAUGACAAAACGUUCACUCUACAACGUUCAUAUUAUCUCAGUUCGUCUCCACCAUACUAUCUUGAUGGGUCUUGUACUGCCUCCGUUCGAAGUCAUUAUGUUGGCGAAGAAGGUGAUUCGUCGCUCACUUCUAACCAGUCACAUUACAUGGAUGAACUAGAUGUCUUGGAAGAAUCUCCAUAUCCAGACAGUGUACCACCAAAUAGAUAUGCUAGCCUGCUAGGAAUGUCCUCAACUUUCGACUUAAGCAAUGUUGGUGAGGAAGGGUAUUCUUUCGAUUCUAACCCAUCACACUAUGUGGAUGAACGUGAGAGUGUGGAAGAAUUCUGUCCGGACAGUGUAACACCACAGAAUAGUUAUAUCAGCCUAUUAUUAUGUAUGUCGUCAUUUCCGGACUUUAGCGCUGUGAUUGAGAAAUUCCGCCACCAACAAACACAGCAUCCCCCUUCCAACAAAUUGCGACUGGAUGCAAGAUAUGGGGUAGAAGUUCCUCCAACUGUUUCUUCUUGUAGUGUUGGGACAGAUGUCAUAACUGCUGACGGAUACACAACUACUAGGGAGACGCAAUCGGUGACUGGACUAGAAGAUGAAUUCAACCUUGAGGAUUCUGGAAUAGAUGACAACAUUAAAGACGAACCCUUGAAAGAGACAAAGACAAAUAACAGUUUUUACUGUUAUUCUCCAAUCAACCCAAGCAACAGUGCUUACAGUCUAAUGGCUCUGGAUGAGUUGAACCUUGAGGAUUCUACAGAGGAAAUGAACAACAAACAAAUAACGGUCAAAUCUUCAAACCUCUACCCCAAAAAACACCGGUCAGUAUUCGAUGGAGUUGUUGUUCCUAAAACAGAUGAGUCUCUGAGUUGUAUUGAGGAAAGUUCUGGUGUACAUUAUGACUUUAAAGUUGAUAAAGUUGGGAUUACUGUUGACGACUACAAAGGAGAUCCUAAGAUUACAAAAAAGGUUCAACUGUCUUCUCUUCGUCGAACCAAAUCUUGUGGGGAUGUGCCAAAAUCAUUUGGUUAUAAGCUGAGUGAUGUUGAAACACAAGGCAAGUUUUAA